GGGGCGCGGGCGGGCCGGGCCGCGCUGGGCCCCGCGGAGAUGUGGGCGCACGUCUGGCGGUUCCUGUACAGCCACUACUUUCGCUUCUGGCUCAAGUGGCUGCUGCGGCUGCUGACGGGCAAGUGCGAGCUGCAGCGCCUCCUGGGCGGCGCGGAGCCGGGAGCGCGGAGGACGCUGAGCGUAGAACAUUCACUGGAAUCAUCAAAAAAUAAGGUUUUGAGAAAUGCUGUACACAUUGAGGAAGCUGAAGUGGAGAAGUGUGUCAGAGAUGUCAUGAAAGCAAAGAAGAUUGGACAGAAGGACACAAGGUUUAAGACAAAUUUGCAUAUAUCCUUGCUACAGAUAUCAGGUUAUAAAAAAUUGUAUUUGGAUGUGGAGAACCUGAGGAAGGUCCCAUAUGAUUCAGAAAAUGAAGAACACGAGGAACAGUUGAUUGAGCUCUGGAAUUUGCUGAUGCCUCACGAGAACCUGAAGGCCAGAAUCAGCAAACAGUGGUGUGACAUCGGCUUCCAGGGCGACGAUCCUAAAACUGACUUCAGAGGGAUGGGGCUGCUGGGCCUGGUGAACCUGGUGUAUUUUAGCAAGCAUUACACCAGUGAAGCUCGUCAGAUCCUUUCUCGGUCCAAUCACCCAAAGCUGGGGUACUCCUAUGCCAUAGUUGGGAUCAAUCUGACAGAGAUGGCAUACAGCUUGCUCAAGAAUGGUGCUUUGAAGGGCCAUCUCUACAACAUGGUCUCUGGGCUGCCACAGAUGGAGCACUUCCAUCAGUUCUACUGUUAUCUAGUUUAUGAGUUUGACAAGUUCUGGUUUGAAGAGGAACCAGAAAGCAUUAUGCACUUCAACCAGUACAGAGAGAAAUUCCAUGAAAAAAUUAAGGGACUUCUACUGGAUUACAGUGUGGUACUGACCUUACAAGAUACAAAGAAACCUUAAUUCCUCUGCAGUACAUGAGGUUCUGUAUUAAAAAUUGAGUGAUGCAUUCAGAUGCAAAGUUUGUGUGUUUCACCAAAAACUGUCUAACAACAGAACUUUUUUAUUUUUACAUUAAAAAAAAAGAAAAUUAGCAAAAUUCAGUUAGGGAAGCUUGGACAAUCAACCUCUGUUUACAGGUAUUUUUAUGCUAUUCUCCAAAGGGCAGCUUUCUGAAAAGGAAACAAAACCCAGCCAACAAACCAACACAAAAACAACCCACAAAUCUCAAGAACCUCUGGAUUGCUUACUUGUACAUUUUCUUUUAUACUUCUUAGUGCAGAAAUGUGAAGCAGGUAUUUGUGCUGCAUCAUAUUUUCUAUGAAUGGGUUUGACUGUUAAUGGUCUUUUAAAAGACAGUUUAAGUUGUGCUUUUCAAAUUUGAAUUUAAAUUCCAACCUUGUAAUGUAAUGGUUGAGGUUCGGGUUUAGUUGAAAUUAUUGUGGUUUUAGAUUCUUUGUGUUCUUGUUCCUUUAUAUGUCAUCGAUCAUUCACUCAACAAUGUUAAAUUUCUUUGUAUUUAAGAGGUCCUCAAAGGAGAUGUGUUAUUUGUUUAUAAUUUUGGAAAAGAGGCUUCAUCCAUCAGCAUAUUUUACUUACUAGAAAUUACUUCUGGAAAACGAAAUUUAUUUAUGGAUUUGUACCAGCCAAUUCCUAUGCUUGAAAGAAGUUUAGUUUGCAAACAAACAAAAAGAACCACGUGUCAUCAGCAUGAGGAGAAGAUCCUCAGGCUAAAGCUACUCUUUUAGAAGUAUUCCUAUUGUAAAACUUUUGAUUCUUUCUAAUCUGACUUCAAAUGAUGAGAAAGAUUGACUCAGAAUCUGGUGUCAGCCCUUUCUUUUAGCAGCUAAGGGGGUAUUCUUAGUGGGAGAUACAACAGAUUUACUUUAGCCCUUUUAUAAAUUUAAAAAAACCCCUUUAUUGCAGCUGCAAUCCUUAUUUUGUAAAAAUAAAUUCACAUCUGAGUACAAGUCUAAAAAAGAUGUAUUUUCCAUGGAAGGGAUGCAACUUUGAUGUGUUCCUUAGUGUUGCCCUCCUCAGACAAUCUAAUAGAUAGAACUUCAUGUCUGUAUUGUGACUAAUUAUUGCUCAGAGCAACUUUAAAUGGAUUUGGUAUGACCAUCACUUUGUUUUCUAAGACCUUCUAUUAAAUAAGUGCCUUCUGCUGUUUUCAAUCAGCUUUUUAUUUUGAGUCUUCUAACUAGAUCACAGCCUUAGAAACUUGAGUAAUUUGAGAAAGAUUUUUUCACCUAUACCUGAAUGGUUCACAGUGGCACAAAAUUUGUAUGUUAUACAAGCUUUCAUGUAUUUUUUUCAAUCAUCUCAGGUAAACUAGUUCAUUUCUAGUCAAUGACUACUCCAGAAGAGAUUCCUGAAGAAUAUAAGCAUUGAACACAAUGAAUGGAAGCAUGAUAAGGGAAAAAAAAAGAAAAGACAACCCCCUGUUUGUAAUGAGUGUUAUUACACUCCAUAAGUAUGAAAUAUAAUAUGUGUAAUACUGCAUUGGAGAGCAUCAAAGGCCACCUGGACACAGCCCUGAGCAGCCUCCUUUGAGGGCCCUGCUUUUCUGUUUCUCUGAGCUUUGAGACCCUGUACAUGCCAAAAACCCAAGGAAGGAAGUGGAAAAUGGCCCAGGUGGUUCCUUUCUGGCCCCAUCUUCUGUUGAGUUUGUCUGCAUUAGUAACUUUCUCUAUGGCUUGUAGCUCUCCUUUGCAAGCAAAACACGACUGACUUUGAAUUCCAGAAGUGAUCCCCAUUAUGUUUGGCAGCAGCAGCAAAGGAGAUGCCAUUUGUGUUCAUCUUCUGCCUGCCAGCUAGUUCCAGAAUCAUUUGAGCCAUCUCUAAAGGCUCCCCUGAGCUAUGUCUGCAAGCUUUUUUCCUGUUUUUCCCUACAGUUGCAAAAUUAAUUUCCAGCACUGAAACUUCCACUGGGCUCCUUGUUCACCAGGAGACUGACAUUUAAUUAUUGCUGAGGCUUCUAAAGCCCACCCAUAGAGUCUCAGGGUUCCUACCACACACCUGAGAUGCUUUAGUGUUAAAUGUAGUUCAAGCUUUUAAUGAAAUGCAUCUUUGCUAGUUUUUUUUCUUCCUAAAUCAGUGGGUGAUCUGGGAAACAAACUCUGGCAGUAAAGCCAGCCAUCAGCAGGUGAGUGAGACACGAGGGAAUGCAUUAGUUUGCAUGUAGUAAUUCAGGUGAAUGUUGAUCUUAGGCUGCAGUGCACCUUCCCAGGAGCCAGUUAGGAUUUGCAUGUGGAUUUGUAUGGUCAGCUAGCCCAGUAAUCCUGUCUAGGAGUCACUCACUGUUUGUAGACUAAUCCUGGCUGUCCCUGUGUGCACCCCUGGUAGGUUAGCUGUGUUGUGGUGGUAGCUAGAAAAUGUACUGAAAUAGGUAAAAUUGUGUUUAGAGAAGGCAAGGACAAGGCUUUACUAGUCAGUGCUGUUUUUGCUAACUCUGUUGUAACGUGACAAUCCUAAGGUUAUGGAAGACUGGAAAUGGAGGCAGGCCACUUUUCUGCAAGUUGAUACAUUCUUGAACACCAGAAUUUGUUGCUCACAGGUUAUUCUAAGAGUCUUAAAAACUCAGUAUUAUUAACCAUCAUGUUUUAAACACAUAUUAUCUUAGAACUUGCAAGUGCUGUUAGUUUUCUAACUUGCUGCCUCAUUUAAAACAUAUGUGAAAGCUUUUAUGCAAUAGUAGAAAAAAAAUUAAAACUGGAGAAAGGGUGGUUUUCUAAAUUUGUUGUUGUUCCUGUAGCAAAUGUUUAACAAACUACCUUCACUUUUGUUGUUUAGUGUAUGCUUGAAACACGGUGCCACUCUAUGAACAAAUUUAUCUGGAGAUAAGCAGAAGUUUACUACAAGCAAAUGUAAAGUCUAGUCUUUCACUAAGUAAACAUGUUGUUUCAGAGGUAAGAACUUGAUUGGAAAGCCAUGUGAAGGCAGUGUUACAUAGGAAGAAAGGAACAAUCCUUUCAAACUGGCUGUGCCAGUUGAUACAGCCUUGUAAAGAAUAGGGCAUUUUGUCCUAAGGGGCAAAAGGGGCCAAUUCAAACACCCCAGGUACAUAGUGUCAGACUUUCAGUCUUUGAAAAGCAGAACAAAAAUGCAACAUCUAACGAAACAAAAAGCAGUCUUUGAAAAAUGCAACAAAAAUUAAACACACACACAGUUCCAUUGGUUUUCCAGAUUUUCCGUCCUAGUUUAAAUAGAAUUUCACGAAAGAAAUAACUUAGCCUUUUUUUAGGAAUUAUGAUGGAAAAGUUUGUGUUUAGUUAGGUGGGAGUUGAGCAAUCAGCACCCUUGACAAUACUGCUAGUGAUGUGGUGAAGAUGUUGCCUGUGCUUUCCCUGUCAUUGCUGUUUGUGUUGCUGUAGUACCACGGUGACCCAUCCUUGGACUGGUGUUUCUUGUGCCAUUCUAGAUACUGUCUUUCUCUGGGGAAUUGGGAACAACCCAGACAUGCCCAAGACAACUUGUGGGCAGUUUCUUCUUAUGACACUGUGCUUAGACAGCUGCAUACCAGUAGGAAUUCCUGUUUACCACAAUGUAAAAGCAAUAAUGUGUACUGUGAUGUCUGUGUAAUAGAGAUGUUUACAAUGGUAGCAAAUAAAGAACGGGUUAGUCCAAAA